UCAAGAAAUAUUUCUUAAGCUAAAAUAGUAAGGAGCCCUGAGCUUAGAGCUUCUGUCUUCUUAGAUGUAGAUAUUCUUGCCAGUGGGAUGGGAGGAUCCAACGGGAAGUGCUUUUGAAAAGAACAAAGUAAAGCCGGAUGUUCCCCACGAGGUCUGCCGAGGUCGGGUGGAUGACCCCAGACCCCCGGGAGCUAUCAGGAUGUGCUAAAGUUCCCGUUCUGUCCCUGUUUCCUCCUCCCUGGUGAAAUGGGGACAGUAAUCCGAGAUCAGGGAGGCCUGCGAUGUCCGCUGAGGAGGGCUUAGCCCUGUGCCGGGAACCCGGAUGGCACUUGAUGAACAGUAGUUUCUGCCUGGUGAUGACGGGGGUGAGGGAGAUGCUGACUCCGGUCACCAACGCUUUGGCGGGGGCUGGGGACUGCCUUUCUCGCAAAGACUGGCUUGCUGCGCAGCUCGUGGAAGGUAAUGGAAGGUGCUCUGGCCGCGUCGAGGUGUAUUUUGAAGGGUGGGGGUACACGGUGUGUGCCUACCUGUGGGAGGAGAGUUACGCGCAGGUGGUGUGCCGGCGCUGGGCUGCGGGCGGCCGUCUCGGCCCCGGAGGGGCCCGCUUCGGCCGGGGCACCGGCCCCCUUCGUCUGGACCAGGUGCGGUGUUCUGGGGUGGAGUGGUCCCUGGCGCAGUGCUCCCACGCCGGCUGGCUCAUCCACAACUGUGUGCACCAGGAAGACGCCGGCGUCAUCUGCUCCGAUGAUGAAUAUGAAACUUCAGGAGCUUUUGAUGCUGAGAUGCUGACACCAUUUCCCUGGGAAGCUCUCUCAACUUCUGCCGUCCCGGAAGACAUGAACCACCCAGCUGUAUCCUCAGCAGAUAAUGAAGAGUUACCGACUGUCAUACCAGUUCGACCUGUGGUCGACUCGCCAGCAGCAAGUCGCAGAGCCAGUUUUCCUUGGCCAAGCCCAUCAGGUCAGAACCUUCCUGGAGCUUCAACAUCAGUCAGAAGCAGAAUUAUCAUCUUCAUCAUCCUCAUUGUCAUCAUCAUCACCUUUGCCAUUGUCAUCAUCGCCAUCAUCUCCACCACUGUCACCAUCCUCACCACUGCCACCAUCACCAUUGUCACCCUCAUCACCACUGUCACCCUCAUCACCGUUGUCACCCUCAUCACCGUUGUCACCCUCAUCACCAUUGUCACCCUCAUCACCGUUGUCACCCUCAUCACCAUUGUCACCCUCAUCACCGUCAUCACCACUGUCACCAUCACCACUGUCAUCCUCGUCACCAUUGUCACCCUCAUCACCACUGUCACCCUCAUCACCGUCAUCACCACUGUCACCAUCACCACUGUCAUCCUCAUCACCAUUGUCACCCUCAUCACCACUGUCACCCUCAUCACCGUUGUCACCCUCUUCACCGUUGUCACCCUCAUCACCACUGUCACCCUCAUCACCGUUGUCACCCUCAUCACCAUUGUCACCCUCAUCACCAUUGUCACCCUCAUCACCGUCAUCACCACUGUCACCAUCACCACUGUCAUCCUCGUCACCAUUGUCACCCUCAUCACCACUGUCACCCUCAUCACCGUUGUCACCCUCUUCACCGUUGUCACCCUCAUCACCACUGUCACCCUCAUCACCGUUGUCACCCUCAUCACCGUUGUCACCCUCAUCACCAUUGUCACCCUCAUCACCGUCAUCACCACUGUCACCAUCACCACUGUCAUCCUCGUCACCAUUGUCACCCUCAUCACCACUGUCACCCUCAUCACCGUUGUCACCCUCUUCACCGUUGUCACCCUCAUCACCACUGUCACCCUCAUCACCGUUGUCACCCUCUUCACCGUUGUCACCCUCAUCACCACUGUCACCCUCAUCACCGUUGUCACCCUCAUCACCGUUGUCACCCUCAUCACCACUGUCACCCUCAUCACCAUUGUCAUCCUCAUCACCGUUGUCACCCUCAUCACCACUGUCACCCUCAUCACCGUUGUCACCCUCUUCACCGUUGUCAUCCUCAUCACCACUGUCACCCUCAUCACCGUUGUCACCCUCAUCACCGUUGUCACCCUCAUCACCACUGUCACCCUCAUCACCGUUGUCACCCUCAUCACCGUUGUCACCCUCAUCACCGUUGUCAUCCUCAUCACCGUCAUCACCACUGUCAUCAUCACCACUGUCAUCCUCGUCACCAUUUCAUCAUCAUCACCUUUGCCAUUGUCAUCAUCGCCAUCAUCUCCACCACUGCCACCAUCAGCACCUCCAUUGUUGUCAGUGCAGUCAGGAUCAGCAUCAUCGUUACCAACACCACCAUCAUCACCAUCAUCAGCAAAAACUAGUCUGUCUGCUGCUGAAGUAACAAUUGCCCCCAUCACCUCUGGAGAAGAGCAAACACCAACAGGGGCCUGGAUGGCCGUGAGGCUGGUGGGCGGCCCGGGGAGAUGCUCAGGCCGCGUGGAAGUCCUGGUCCAGGACACGUGGGGGACCGUGUGUGACGACCUCUGGGACCUGGCCGAGGCCGCUGUUGUGUGCCGCCAGCUGGAGUGUGGCCAGGCGGUGGCGGCCCCCCCGGGGGCCCACUUUGGGGCAGGUUCUGGGAAGAUCGCGCUGGACAACAUGCAGUGUGUGGGCAGCGAGAGCCACCUGGGGCAGUGUGUGCACGGGGGCGAGGCCGGGCACAACUGCAGGCACCUGGAGGACGCCAGCGUCGUCUGCACAGGUGCUGAUUCCACAGCUGCUCCGCCUACAGCCCAUGAGGACCUACUUCCCACAUCACCAGCAACAUCAGUGGCUCAAAACCCACCUGCUUCGGCGCCUCCAGGAGGCUGGGCCCCCCUGCGGCUGGCAGGCAGCCACGGGAGCUGUGCCGGCCGCGUGGAGGUUUUCUACCAGGGCGCCUGGGGGACAGUGUGUGACGACCUCUGGGACCUGCCGGAAGCAAACAUUGUCUGCCGACAGCUGGGCUGCGGCUGGGCCGUGGAGGCCCCGGGCGAGGCCUACUUUGGGGAAGGUUCCGGAAAGAUCCUCCUGGACAACGUGCAGUGCAAGGGGCAGGAAGAGCACCUGGACGCAUGCUCCCAUGCUGGCUGGUUUGCUCACAACUGUGGGCAUGGGGAGGAUGCUGGCGUGAUCUGUUCAGAUGCUGAAUACUCAGUGGCCUUGCUACCAGGUCCCCCUUUGGAUGUCAUGGCAGAGACGGAGGCUGCAGGAAAAUUUCAGUGUGGCAGAAUCAUUACUAACUCAUCUGGAGCUAUCAGGAAUCCCCCUCGGAACAAAAUGCAUGACAACGUAACAUGUGUGUGGGAAAUCAGAGCUAACGCAUCUGAUCACAUACGACUGGCGUUUCCAUAUCUUAACCUGGACUGCACCAAUGAGUAUUUUGAAGUCCUGGACGGCCCUCCAUCCUCAGCAAAGUCCCUGGGGAAGACCUGCUCUGGUACCUAUCUCACCUACUCGUCGUCCUCCAGCUCGCUGACGCUCGUGUACUACCGAAGCUACAACAACAUAGGGAAGAACUUCGUCGCGUAUUAUUACUCCGAAGCCAAAGAUGCUGUUUCACAGACCCCACAUCUAAUCACAAUCCCAAUAGCAACACCCAAAGUGGUAACAGCAAGACCAGUGAGCACGCGCCCAGGAGGCUACAUGACAGUCACCCGCUCUCUGUCUGCAGGGGACUGGCCGGAGCUGCGGCUGGUGGGCGGCUCAGGUCGGUGCUCAGGACGCGUGGAGGUCCUGCACCGGGGGGCCUGGGGCACCGUGUGUGACGACCUGUGGGACCUGAACGAAGCCGAGGUCGUGUGCCGGCAGCUGGGGUGCGGUCGGGCCGUGUCCGCCCUCGGGAAGGCCCACUUCGGCCCGGGCUCUGGAGACAUCUUCCUGGACAACCUGCAGUGCGCCGGGGCGGAGCGCUACCUGGGCCAGUGCGCGCACUCGGGCUGGUCGGAGCACAACUGCGGCCACCACGAGGACGCCGGGGUCAUCUGCUCAGAUUCAAAAGACCUGCCUCCUCCCACACCUCCAGGUCUUUCCACAGCGUCUCAGGAUCAUGUAACAGGAGAAAGGAGCUCUUGCGGAGGGGUCAUUUCUAGUCUCUCUGGCUCAUUUUCCAGUCCGCUGUAUCCAGAAAACUACCCAACAGACAUCCAGUGUGUGUGGGAGAUCCACGUGGAUAAGAAGUUCCGCAUAGAACUCAUGAUUCCAACUCUGAAACUGGAAGAUAUCCUCGGAUGCCCGUAUGACUCAGUCGAAAUCUUCGACGGCCCCAGGAUCGCCUCGCUCUCCAUGGGGAAGUUCUGUGCCUCAGCAGCUGUGAUGUUUUUCUCCUCCUCUGACAUCCUGACUGUGGUGUUCCGAAGUGAUUCCAUAAUCACCAACACUGGCUUUUAUGCUCUGUUCAAUGCGAUUCCCCAGGGCAGAAGAGAGUCAGAAGAUGAGCCAGAACUGUGGUUGGUGGGCGGUUCUGGACAGUGCUCUGGACGCGUGGAAAUCCUGCACCAGGGAGCCUGGGGCACCGUGUGUGACGACCUACGGGACCUGAAAGAAGCCGGGGUCAUGUGCUGGCAGCUGGGGUGUGGUUGGGCCAUCGCUGCCCUGGGAAAGGCCCACUUCGGCCCGGGCUCUGGAGACAUCCUCCUGGACAGCUUCCAGCGUUCGGGGAAUGACAGCCACCUUGGCCAGUGCCCCGGUUCCGGCUGGUCAGACCACAGCUGUGGUCACCAUGAGGAUGCUGGCGUCGUCUGCUCAGAUACCGCUCCCUCUCCUCCAGGGGCAGGUGAGUCCCUGAAGCUGGGGGAUGGCAGUCACAGAUGUGAGGGCCGGGUGGAGGUCUCCUACAAUGGCACCUGGGGCACCGUGUGUGAUGACAGCUGGGACCUGACAGACGCCAGGGUCGUGUGCCGGCAGCUCGGCUGCGGCGAGGCCUUGUCGGCCCCGAAGCAGAGCCACUUCGGUGGAGGCACUGGCCCCAUCAUCCUGGACAACGUGCAGUGCGCGGGGAGUGAGGCCAGGCUGUGGCAGUGCCCACACAGCGGCUGGUUCUCCCACAACUGCGGGCACCACGAGGACGCGGGUGUCGUCUGCUCAGCUCCGCUGCAGGGUAGCCAAAACGCGGUGCUCAGGCUGGCCAAUGGAAGCCAGCCCUGCGAGGGCCGCGUGGAGCUGCACUUCAACGGCAGCUGGGGGACCGUGUGUGACGACGGCUGGGACCUGCAGGAUGCCGAGGUGGUGUGCCGGCAGCUGAGCUGUGGCGGAGCAGUGUCAGCCCCCGGGAGGGCGAGAUUCGGCCGAGGCCUGGGCCCCAUCGCCCUGGACGAAGUGAAAUGUGUGGGGACUGAAGCCAGGCUGUGGCAGUGUCUACACGGCGGCUGGUUCUCCCACAACUGUGGCCACCACGAGGAUGCUGGCGUCGUCUGCUCAGCCUCCCUGCCUUACUCAACACCAUCAGCAGCUGUGGGCCACCCAACUUCAGCACCUUUUCCAGCACCAACAGAGGUGCCUACAUCAACAGGUCUGGGCCUGCGGCUGGCCGAUGGGGCAAGCCGGUGUGAGGGCCGAGUGGAAGUCUGCCAUGCCGAUACCUGGGGCACCGUGUGUGAUGACAGCUGGUCCAUCGAGGAUGCCCACGUGGUCUGCAGAGAGCUUGGCUGUGGCCAGGCCGUGUCUGCCCUCCCAGGGGCCAGAUUCAGCCCCGGGGUGGGCAGCAUUCUCUUGGACGAUGUCAACUGCACGGGCAGCGAGUCCUCCCUGGCGCAGUGCCCUCACAGUGGCUGGUUCACCCACAACUGCGGGCACCAUGAAGACGCUGGCGUCGUCUGCUCAGAUCUGCCCGUGGUGAGGCUGGCCGGCAGCAGGAGCAGGUGUGAGGGCUGUGUGGAGAUCCACCACCACGGCACCUGGGAGACAGUGUGUGACGACCCCUGGGACCUGCCGGCUGCCCGGGCCCACCUGAGCCGGUGCCGGCACCUCGGCCUCUCUGGCCACAACUGUGGACCCCACGAGGUCACCGGGGCCAUCUGUGCAGACCUCCGCCUGGUGGGCGGGCGCAGCCGCUGCGAGGGCCGGGUGGAGGUCCGGCACGAGGGCGUGUGGGGCACGGUGUGCGACGACCACUGGAACAUCAGGGACGCCCGCGUGGUGUGCCGCGUCCUGGGCUGCGGGCGCGCGCUGGGCGCCCUGGGGCGCAGCCGCUUCGGCCCGGGCUCGGGGCCCAUCCUGCUGGACGACGUGCGCUGUGCGGGCACCGAGGAUGCGCUGGGGCGCUGCGCCCACGCGGGCUGGGCACGCCACGACUGCCAACACCGGGAGGACGCGAGCGUGGUCUGCGCAGUUCCAGCCAUUCCUCAUGCUGUUGGGGGACCCCCUGUAAAUGGUGCAGCUGACUCUGUGGUACCCAAGGACAACGCCCAGCUCUCCUGCUGGCCUCACCUUUUCCAAGUUGUCAUUGACCGAGGCUACCUCCGGAGGCUGGGCUACUCGUCCUGGGACAUCCACUUAAAUGAUGAGCUGUGUCGCCCCCGAGUCACAGGGCGCUACCUGAUCUUCAACAUUCCCUAUGGCCACUGUGGCACCAUCAGACAGGAAAGCCGCGGCUCCCUCAGCUACUCCAACUCCAUCAGAGGCCGAACCAGGGGCCACCCCGGCCGAGUCGUCGUGCGGCACAGGGUGCCUCGGCUCAAGUUCACCUGCAGGGUGGACGGCCCGUCAGCAGUGGAAGUCGUCCCUGGGGAGAACGCUGGCUAUGAUGUGUCCAUAUCAUUCCUCGAGUGGCCCCCGUCCCAGCCUGGAGAAAACACGGGGCCACACGUCGCCAGCCAGAGGAGAGAGGUCUUCCUCCAGGCCACGCUCCACAGCCCCAACCCCAGCCUGCAGCUCUUUGUGGAUACCUGUGUGGCUUCUCCAGACCCCAGUGAUUUUACAACUGUCAAGUAUGAUUUGAUCCAGCAAGGGUGCAUCAAAGACAAUACUUAUAUCAACCUGCACUCCCGGCAAAAGAAUGUCGCCCGAUUCAAGUUCAACAUCUUCAGCAUUCUCACCAGCUAUGACGUGAUCUAUCUGCAGUGUAAGAUCACCAUCUGCAAAGUGGGGGACCAUUCCUCCCGCUGCCUCCAGGGCUGUGCAGGGCGGAGUAAGAGGGGCACAGGCCUCAGGAAGCCCACAGGAGAGCAGACUGAGCAUUUCCAAGUAGUGGGACCACUGGAAAUCCACAAAGGAACUGAUCAGAGAAAGGCUCAUGGGUAAUUUCUCCGAGUUUCACAUCAACCUGCUAGAAAUUGGAAGCAAAUUCUAUUUCUGCUCAGUGAAGUAAUGUUGGAUAAAUCUGAGGUUGUCCUCGUAGAGACAGGUAAAAGAACUAAAGAGGUUCUCUUUGAGGCUGAUUGCUAAGUAAAUCUUGUCUGAUUACCAAAUUUCUAAGGCAAUUGCUCUCUUUGCAGCUAGGAAUCUUGCAUUCUAUAAGUCUUCACUAUCAAGAAUUUGAUCAUUGUCUUAAACUGUACAACAUGUCAAAAGAAAAGUUAUCUCUUGAUGCCACACUGCACUUCAAAGGUAUUUUUGGCUCCUUAAUGUU